AUGUAUCACUGGUAUCACAUGUCCCGGCGCUGGACAUUCCAAAUAGAUAGCUGUAGUCCCUCGUCCUGUGAACGUGUGGAUGAUGUAGACACGGCCGAUCCAUGGUUGGUCUCGAGGCGUCGACCCGUCGGUGCGGGUAGGAAAAUGGGAGGAGCGCUCAUGAUGACUGAAGCGGUCAAGUGUGAAGUCAGGGUUCAAGAUCAAAUGAGGAGCAUUUACGUGAUUCAUUCUCUACUAGAAGAAUCUACCAUUGAUGAAACUCCGGAUAAAGGGAGGGGUUCGGGACUGAUAGGAUGCUGUGGUUUCCACUUUGGGUUGAUUUGCUAUGUCUUCUGGUUAUACGCGGCCGAGAUUGAUGUUGUUGGCAAUGUUAUCAGAGGAGCGGUGGAGCCGAUCUUCUCCAUUUCUCGGGUUUCCACGAAAGCAAGAGAAGGACAUUGUCAACUUCAUCCGUCUCACCUAGGCAUGAUUUUUCCGGUUCUUUCACAACUACAUUUCACAGCUCUAGAUGGCUCCCGGGCUCAGGGUCAUGUUUCAUUCAAAGUCGGACCUCCCAUUAUGCUGCUCGGUUUCGUCCUGGACGGCUCUCCAGGUCGAUCUGGAGCGGUGAACGGAGAGGCAGGCCAUGGAUUUAAGGGGCAACGACAUCUCACCCGACUGACUGGUAAUUCACAUGAAUGCAUGGGGAACGCAUGA